AUGCGGAUGCCGCAGUUUUCGUGCGAGGGGAGUGUCGAGAAUCUUGGCACCUCUGGCCCCAGCGAGAGGACCGACAGGGAGCCAGACAUCGAGCCAGCGUCGACGAUGGAGGCCAUUUCGGGGGCCGUUGACGAGCAGCCUCCUCGCCAGGCACCACACAUGAAGCUCCUGGCUCAAUGGCCUGCAUGGCGCGAGCCGCCGCCGCCGGCUGUGAAGGAAAGCUUGCCGACGGCAAACGACGACGACAAGAGGCUUGCUGGCGGUGAAGACCAGCAGCCCUUUUACUCGUCUGUCCAAUGGACUGCUGAUGGAACGACGAUUCUCGCAGGGGCCUCCGACAACACCGUUUCCUCCUUUGUUCUUCCCGCCGACCUCCUUCAGUCUGGUGAUGCAAACCGACUCCUGGAGUCGCAGGCGAGGACGAAACUUCCGGAACCGACCCAGGCCAUGGCGCCGGCGCCCUACUUCUCUCUCGCAGACCCAGCAACCCAGACAUAUCUUGUCGGCUGCCGUGACCACCCUCUGCACAUCUAUCAUGCCUUUCCUCGUCCGGGGCAUCGACCAACGCCCCUGGGCACGUAUAAACUCAUCAGGAAGGAGACGGAGCAGUACAUCACGCCGGCCUCGCUCCUCUGGACCUAUCCCGGCACUCACUUCCUCUGCGGCUCGUCCAAUCGCAUCGACUACUUUGACGUCUCCCGGCAUGGCUCCGAUGGCCCCAUGCUCACCGUGCCGACCAUUCCCUCCAAGCGACACGUGUCCAAGGGCAACGGCGUGGGCAUGCGGGGGACCGUCGCCGCGCUCGCCGCGUCGCCGCCGGCAGCGGACGGUGGUUCCAUGGUGGCCGCGGGCACCUGGACGCGAUGGAUGGGGCUCUACGACCUCGGUCGCACCGAUAGGAUCGUCGCCAACUGGAGCAUAGCCCGUGCGGCCGAAGGCGAGUUCAAGGUUGACUUGGUCGGUCAAGGCAUCGUCCAGGUUGUUUGGAGUCCGUGCGGACGAUAUCUCGUCAUCAACGAAAGGAACGCCAACAGUCUUCUCGUCUACGAUAUCCGCAGCACAGGCCAGCUCUUGGCGGCAUUGUGCGGUCGCCAGUCGACGACGCAGCAGAAGCUCAUGUGCGACGUCUUUCAAGGGGACGUCUCCGGCGACGGCCGCUUCGAGGUCUGGGCGGGCUCUCAGGACGGCUCGGUGCUCGUGUGGGAAGAUGUCGGGGCUCGGUACGGGCUCGCGCAGCCUUUGUGGGACUGGCAUGCGCAUCAAUCGCCCGUUGGGGGCACCGCUCUGCACAGCUGCGGGUCGGUGGUCGCCACCUGCUCCGGAGCAUGGGUGCACUCGCCCGAGACGCCCGACGACGGUGCCAUUCCAGCUCGCCAUCCGGGUCGUCAUACCACCAGGACGCUUGACGAGUCGUCGUUGAAGAUAUGGUCCAUCGGAACACAGGCAGCGCCGUGA